UCGGCUCCAGCAGUGAUUGCUGACUUGGUGGGGCACUCCUCAGCAAGAUGGCUGCAUUGCUGCGCGCAAUAGUGGCAUCCUGGUGAAAUGACGCAAGCCACAGUUUACGUUCAGUCCUCGAGGCUGUGAGCUCUCCAGUCUCCAUAGCGCAGAUCCCGCCCGACACACAGCCCGGAAGACCGACCGGCGACCCUCCAGUGGACCGAGCGGAACCGGUUCAUCUGAGUGAGAGUGCGAUGAGGAGAGGUUUCAGAGUGUGAGGCCAUGGGCUGCACCUCGGCCAAGCAGGUGUCGGCCGUGCCCAACGAUGAGGAGGGACGCGGCAAGGCCUACAGCAACGGAGACCUCUUCACCGAUGAAUACAAGAUGAAGGGAGUGGAGGAGGUGAAGUACAUGAGAGGGGAUGAAAACCGGGUGAAUGCACGCAACCAGGAGAACCUGGAGAAGAGUAAUGUGCAGUACAGGGGAAAACCGCAGAAAGAGGUCGCUGCAGCAAACAUCAAGUCAAAUAUUCACACGUCAGAGAGCCAGCAGGAAUUUUUCAGGAUGCUGGAUGAGAAGAUUGAGAAGGGGCGAGACUACUGUUCGGAGGGGGAGGAGGAAGAUGGGACAUAGCACAGAGGCCCCCAAGAUUCACCCCCACAGAGAGCCUCACAGUGUGUGUAUGUGUGUGUGCGUGAGUGUAAAUGCGUACAUGUGUGCUUAUGUGUGCCUGGAAGAGAGAGAGAGAGUUGAAUCAGUGUUUUACCAAUGAGGCGUCGAUUUGACAGGACACUGUAUGUGUUGGUAUGAGCAUGUGUGUGUUUAUGAACGUAUGGCAAAGAUAGUAUUUUAAUCAAAAGUGAAAGAGUGGGGGAUAAAUGUGAGAGAAAGAGAGGGAGAGAAAGAAAGAAUGGGAUAAAGAACACUUUCUUCAGAGACUACAGCCCUCCUCGCUUAGCGCCUCACCCCUUCAGGCCCCUGAGCGGACAGAUGGAGGUGGCGGAGCGAUGAAGGGACAGACAGAUGAAAGGAGGGAGAGAUGGAGGAGGACGUGACGACGGAUGGGCACAUGUCGCCGUGAACGGGAGAGAAGGACUUGCCACAGUCGGGGUCAAACUGAGUAAUUUCCUCAAGCAGGACAACAGCAGCUCCUCGUCCCUCCAUCUGUCCCCCCGCCCCGUAUCUGUCCGUCUGUACCUCCUGAAUAUUUAACCCCGGCGACUGGACAAAAGGAACUCCCAAAAUAUGGAGACCCAUUAGGGACAAAUGUCGGUUUACUGAGAAGACACACAAGUGAAGAAGCCCAGGGGAGGAAAAGAUGGUGAAGGCAGAGGAGUUACGCAACGCCACCAGGAUCCACACUGAACUUUUUGGCCUGUCUAGAUACAGCCAGGCCGGCCUGGGCCACGAGGGACUGAGAGAAUGGGUGAGGGAGGGUGAGGGAAAGUGGAAAAUAAAGAGUGAGAAAUUUGUGAUAUUUUAAUAAGAGAGAGUAGGGAGCGAGCUGGUGAUUUAGAAACUCUAAACUCCUCCUGCCUUCUGAAGUCAAGGACCUUUUUUUUUUUU